AUGGACAGAGCCGUAGCAUUCAACAAGAAACGCGAUGAACUCGUCAAACCUGAUCGCACAACAUCCCCAGACAAGGCGGACGAGCUUGAGAUAUUAGUUGCAGCGUAUGAGGAGAAGGAUAUGCAAGGCAGACCAUCGAAACUCAAGCGGGGCUUCUCAGCCAUCAGGAAAACCUUUCGCAAGAUUAGAAAAUCUAACAGUCUCGGUUAUACCGAGAUUCUGUCUCGGCACGAAAAUGAUUCCAAGGCUGAGCAAGAUAGAAAGGCAGAAGAGAGACGGAUCACGAUGUUGAACGCAUAUUACCACGUAUUGGGAGCGCAAGAAGUUCUUAUCAACGGCGAAGAGCAGGGAAUACGUAACGUCAUAGAAACCCUUGGAAACUUAAUCAGCAGCAAACCCGAAAACAGACCUCUGAACGAACAGAUUCAAGACUGGUCUGCUGAGUUGGAACAUAUUAUCGGAUCGAUCGAGGCGGUCGACAAAAAAGCGCAGAUUGUCGAAUUGAUUAGAAAGAUGAGUGCAGAGCUCUGUGAGAUGAUUUGA